GUGUCGGCGCUGCGAUCUGAGAUUGCAACAGCGGUUAUUGCGGUGAAGUAGAAAUGCUCGCUGAUCGGAUUACACGGCAUCUCGGGAACCCCCGCCACGGCCUGUGGGGCUGGAUACUAAAAAUGUUUUUUGAGCGGAAUAACAGAUUUCUGGAGGCGGGUGCUGUGAAGUUGUGUAACAUCCAGCCUGGGAAUGUGGUGCUGGAACUAGGCUUCGGACCGGGUCUAGGCCUGCAGGAAGCUGCCCGCCGCCUUACGCACCCUCCGGGCAAACUGUACGGCUUGGAUAUCUCGGAGUACAUGCAUGAUGUGGCCAGCGAGAGGAUGCGGGCAGAGAUACAGACGGGCAAGGUGAAACUGUUCGUGGGUAGCGUAGAGCAGAUCCCUCUGGAGGACGGAGUGGUAGACAGGGUUUACCACUGCAACUGUUACUACUUCUGGCCUGACCUGCGAGUUGGGAGUAGGGAGAUCCGGAGAGUGAUGAAGCCAGAUGUUCUUGACAAUGAACUUGCUUCAAAGGCACCCAACAAGCCCGACUAUUUCCUCCUUUUGCACUGGGCAGGGGCGCUGAUGGUCACAGCCUUGCAUCUGGAGCUCGUGCAGAAGAUGGUUGCCGCUGGACUACUGAAGGGGACAAAGUGGCAACCUGAGCCAUACAUGGAGGCUCUCCUCGAGUGCGGAUUUGUUGACGUGCGGAUGGAGGAUCACCAGAUCAAUGGAGAAAUGUUUCAGGCCAUCUUCGCUGCAGCCAAGGAGGCAUGAAUGAGCUGACCACUGAGCCAUUCUAUCACAGUAGCCCGAUGCUCUUGGCUGACUUUUUUUACCAGAGUGAGGCAUUUUAAUAAAUUAAAGUUGAUUAAUAUUUUAUAAUAUUAUUAAAAAUUUAAUAUGUGCGGCAGAAUUUUACUGGUUGUGCUGUGAAGAAGUCUCCCAUUCUUUACCCCGAGCAGCUGGCAGAAAAUAAGUAGUUUGCUUCCUCUCUCUGAACCCACUGAGGAGAUUGCAUGGUUAUGCUGCACCAGGCAUUCUUGAGCAACAUUGUCACAAAAAAAACUUGUGGACCAAAGAGAAUUAAGGUGUCCUGUAUUUGUUUUUCAUGGUGUCCACUUUGAUCCCAGCAAACUGGGAACUCAAAAACAGACAAAACGCUGGAGGAACUUGGCAGGUUAGGCAGCGUCUAUGGUGGGAAUUGGACAGUCAAGGCUUUGGGUCAUCUGAACUGGUCUGGAAGGAUGCUGCCCUACCUGCAGAGUCCCACCAGCGUGUUCUGUGUUGCUGCAGAUUUGUGAAUCUGCAGUCUCUUGUGCCUCCAAAUGGGAUGUCAGACACAUUAAGUUAUCAAUGGCUUUCUGAAAGCCAGAAACAUUUUCCUCAUGACAGAGAGAGAAAUCUUCUAAAGAAUCAGCAGAGCUAACAUUAACACAAAGAAGGGCAGUACAUAAGAACAUAAGAGAUAGGAGCAAGAGUAGGCCAAUCGGCCCCUCAAGCCUGCUCCGCCAUUCAACAAGAUCGUGGCUGAUCCAAUCUUAACUCUAGUUUUCACCGAAUCCCACAAGGCAACAGUGCCAACCAACAGGGCACCAUGCCACCCAUUUUAUUUUAUUAUUCAUCCCGCCCAAACCCAUGUGAUCACCCGGGGGAAAAAAAGUGAUUUGCCAAUUGAGGAGAAAAAAUCUGGAAAAUUCCUCUCAGACCCAUCCAGGCUAUCGAAAACUGGCCCAGGAGAUCACAUGGCUGAUCUAAACCUGGCCUCAUGUCCACUUACCUGCUCGCUCACCGUAUCCCCAAUGCCAUUUUUAUCCAGGAAAAUGUCUAUCUCCGUUUUGAAUUUAUUGAGUGUAGUAGCUUCCACAGCUCUCUGGGGCAGUAAAUUCCACAGCCCCACUACCCUCUGAGUGAAGAAAUUGCUCCUCAUCUCAGUCCUGGAACAGCAUCCCCUUAUUUUAAGAUUAUGCCCCCUAGUCCUAGUUUCACCCAUCAUUGGGAACAUUCUCCCCGCAUCCACCCGAUCAAGCCCCUUCACAGUCUUAUAUGUUUCAAUAAGAUCGCCUCUCAUUCUUCGGAACUCCAAUGAGUAGAGUCCCAAUCUACUCAACCUCUCAUCAACCCAUCCAUCCCCGGAAUUAACCUAAUGAACCUUCUCUGCACUGCCUCGAGAGCCAGUAUGUCCUUUCUUAAAUAUGGACACCAGAACUGCAUGCAGUACUCCAGGUGUGGUCUCACCAAUACCCGAUACAACUGCAGUAAGACCUCCCUGUUCUUAUACUCCAUCCCCCUAGCAAUAAAAGCCAGCAUUCCAUUGGCCUUCUUGACCACCUGCUGCACUUGCAUACUAACUUUUUGUGUUUCCUGCACCAGGACCCCCAGAUCCCUUUGCACAGAAGCACUUUCCAGUUUCUCUCCAUUUAGAUAGUAACUUGCUCUAUUAUUUUUCCUGCCAAAGUGCAAGACCUCACACUUGUCAAUAUUAUAUUUCAUCUGCCAAAUGUCUGCCCAAUCACUCAGCCUAUCUAUGUCCCCCUGCAGGGUUUCAAUGUCCUCCGCACUCAUUACACUCCCUCCCAUCUUUGUGUCAUCAGCAAACUUCGAUACGUUGCACUUAGUCCCUUUCUCCAAAUCAUUAAUAUAGAUUGUAAAGAGUUGGGGUCCCAACACCGACCCCUGCGGAACACCACUAGUCACCAACUGCCAGUCUGAGAAUAAACCAUUUAUCCCAACUCUUUGUUUUCUGUUAGAAAGCCAAUCCUCCACCCAUGCCAGAAUAUUAUCACCAAUCCCAUGAUUUUUUACUUUAAGUAAUAAUCUUUGGUGUGGCACCUUGUCAAGUGCCUUUUUGAAGUCCAAAUACACCACAUCCAUUGGUUCCCCUUUAUCUACCCUAUAUGUUAUGUCCUCAAAGAACUCCAACAAAUUUGUCAAACAUGACUUCCCUUUUGUAAAGCCAUGCUGACUUUGUCCUAUUAAGCUAUGUUAAUCCAAAUGCCCUGUUACUGUUUCCUAAAUUAUCGAUUCCAACAUUUUGCCAACCACAGAUGUUAGGCUAACUGGCCUAUAAUUCCCAGCCUUCUGUCUAUUGCCCUUUUUAAAUAAAGGAGUUACAUUAGCAUUUUUCCAAUCUGCCGGGACCAUUGCCGAGUCCAGCGAGUUUUGAAAAAUUAUCACUAAUGCAUCCACAAUCCCGACUGCCACUUCCCUUAAGACCCUAGGAUGCAAGCCACCCGGUCCAGGGGAUUUAUCCACCUUCAGUCCCAUUAAUUUAUCAAGUACCAUUUCCUUGGUGAUUUGAAUCGUAGUUAGCUUCUCUCCCCCUAGAGCCCCCUGUUUAUCCAGUGUUGGGAUAUUUUGAGUGUCCUCUACUGUAAAAACUGAUACAAAAUAUUUGUUCAGCGUUUCCGCCAUCUCCAUGUCCCCUACCAUUAAUUCCCCAGUCUCAUCUUCUAGGGGACCAACAUUUACUUUAGCCACCUUUUUUCUUUUUAUGUAACUAUAAAAACUCUUACUAUCUGCUUUAAUGUUUUUCGCCAAUUUACUUUCAUAAUCUAUCUUCCCCUUCUUAAUCAAUCUUUUUGUUAUUUGCUGCUGAUCUUUAAAAGAUUCUUGAUCUUCAAUCUUCCCACUAGAUUUAGCUACCUUAUAUAACUUUCUUUUUAGUCGUAUACUUUGCUUUAUUUCUUUACUUAGCCACGGAUAACUAUUUUUUCUUUUACACCUUUUUUCUUCAGUGGAAUAUAUUUUUCUUGAUAGUUGUAAAAUAACUCCUUAAAUAUACACCACAGAUCAAGUACCGAUCUACCCUUUAAUCUAUUUUCCCAAUCCAUCUUAAGCAAUUCCGCUCUCAUACCAUCAUAGUCUCCUUUAUUUAAGCUCAGUAUGCUUGUUUGAGAUCCAACCCUCUCAUCCUCUAAUUGAAUAUGGAAUUCGACCAUGUUAUGGUCACUCAUUCCAAGGGGAUCCUUUACUAGGACAUUUUUUAUUAGUCCUGUCUUAUUACACAGGACCAGAUCUAAGACUGCUUGCCCCCUUGUCGGCUCAGUAAUGUAUUGUUCAAGGAACCCAUCCCGAAUACACUCAAUAAACUCUUCUUCAAGGCUGCCAUGUCCGACUUGAUUAGUCCAAUCAAUAUGAAAGUUAAAACCCCCAUAAUUAUAGCUGUUCCCUUAUUACAAGCCCCAACUAUUUCCUGAUUUAUGCUCCAACCAACUGAGUUACAGCUGUUUGGAGGCCUAUAGACUACUCCCGCCACUGCUUUUUUCCCAUUACUAUUUCGUAUUUAUACCCAAUUUGUUUCGUUACAGAGGGUAUUUUCCAGUUUGCAAUCACCAGUUCAUCCUGGAACGUAACAGCCCACUGCUAACACAUCCAGGCCAAUGUAAAAACUCCUUAAUAAAGUUACUAAUAAUUUCACCCAGUAUAAUUAAAAUAUUUUGUGAGGUCUCACUUACAAUCAAAAUGCAUUAAACUGAAUGGCAGGUGGCAGUAGGUCUCCACUAGCCCUUGGAUAAGGUGUAGCACCUGCUUAGCCUCCCUCCCCACCCCACCCUGUUCAGGUUCACAUGAACCCAUAGGAGCAGGUGGUGGAUGGUUGUAUGGCAGCUGGUGCAUGUCACAUCCUUGUUAUGCAACCACUGAUGUCAGGUAGAUAAUCCCUGAAAAGCUCAGGCUACCCGACUUGUACAGACACUGCCUAGAAGAAGGCAACGGCACAUCACUUCUGUAGAAACAUUUGCCGAGAACAAUCAUGGUCAAGAGGCCAUGAAUGCCUGUGUCAUACAGUGUAGCAUAUAAUGGUGAGUUAAAGCGAAGCAUGGAGUAUGUUGCUUUAAAGUUCAACUGCCUAGACUGGUGUUAGCCCUGCCCGAGAAUGAUUCCCGCCACACACUCGAGUUGACUAACCAAUGAACCCAUGAAGCUCCCAGUCCACGGGCUUAUCCUGGUGCCCAAGUAUCUCUCCUACUCACUGGGUUUAAUAAAAUUGAUCUUACUUCUCUUACAGAGAAAAUUAUGUAUAGUAAUUAGCAAAUAAUUUUUUUUCUUUCAAAAGAAACCACAUUGUUAUUGAUGUUAACCUUAAUGCUUGUGAUCUUAUGAAACCUUUCUGGGACUAGUUCUUUGACCUACCCUUGUAAGCAAUCACUCUCAUGGACUAGCAACAACAAAACGAAGGGCAGUUCAGAAGGUAUUUUCUGUGCUUUUAACACCCACACCCAAACCUUAUCUAAAGAAUGCAAUGAAAUGUCAAUAUUGAUGUUGAAUAAAUUAGGGCACAAUGGAUCCCCCUGCUUAAGUCCAACCCACUUAAGAUAGGGACGGUUCAGUCUCAGUCAGUUUGCUGUUUUCAAUAAAAGUAAUCAGGUUAAGAAAGAGAUCAAAUAAAAGAUGGAUAUCAACUUGUGCCUCCACUUCCCCUUCCCAGCCUUCCAAAAACUUUGAAAAUAAGCUUGAGACCUGCAGAGUCAAAAUACUUUGCUGAACCGAUAAACUCAAUGGCCAGUCUUUGUUAUUUCUCUUAUUGUUCUUGUUAUUAAAUUAUUUUAAAAUGCUUUGGAAAUCAGCCUACAAGAAAAUGUUUGCAAACCCCUCUUUACGUGUAAUUUUUCAUAAAGUCAUUAUUUUACUGUAAAUGCCUGCAAAGCAAUGUAUCUCAGGGCAGUAUACAGUAGCAUAGAUACUGUACGUACUUUGAUAAUAAAUUUACUUUAAACUUUGA